UGAAAACAAAGGCUCUACUCUUGUGUCCCCCCACAUUUGUCCUUUAAUGUUUUACUCUCUAAACUAACACGUAUAAAUCCUCCUCUCCACACCCAACUAGUGCACCAACUCCUUAAUUACCUCUUUUCCCACCACCUCCCUCCCUCCCUCCCUCCCUCCCUUCUCAUCAUCAAUUGAAAUUUGUUAUCAUCUCAUGGCUUGUUUCCGAGAACAUUUGGCUUGUUUGUGAGAAAAUUUGAUCAGUCCAUCCGUUUUUGUUUGUUGAAGAAUCAAAACUUUUGACCCCGAAUGCCGGAAAACAACAUGAGUAUAUCAGUAAAUGGGCAAUCUCAGGUCCCUCCCGGGUUUCGGUUUCAUCCGACAGAAGAGGAACUGUUGCAAUACUACCUGAGAAAGAAGGUUUCGUAUGAGAAGAUCGAUUUGGAUGUCAUCCGUGACGUGGAUCUCAAUAAGCUCGAGCCAUGGGAUAUACAAGAGAAGUGUAGAAUAGGAUCUGCGCCGCAAAACGAUUGGUAUUUUUUCAGCCACAAAGACAAGAAGUAUCCGACUGGUACGAGGACAAAUCGGGCAACUGCAGCCGGAUUUUGGAAGGCGACAGGGAGGGACAAGGUGAUCUACAGCAAUCCAAGAAGGAUUGGAAUGAGAAAGACUCUUGUCUUUUAUAAAGGUCGAGCACCUCACGGUCAGAAGUCUGAUUGGAUCAUGCAUGAGUAUAGACUACUCGAUGACAACGUCCCUGAUACCAAUAAUAUUUCUGAUGCUACCGGAGAGGCGACACAAGAAGAGGGAUGGGUGGUUUGUCGUAUCUUCAAGAAGAAAAAUCACCACAAAACCCUAGACAGCAACAACAAUCACAUCAUCAAUGUGGAGACAAGAACCCAAAUACCCGGUUCAACAAGUGGCGAAGGCACCUUAGAACAAAUCCUUCAUUACAUGGGAAGGACUUGCAAGGACGAAGGAUUCCUCAUGCCCAUCGUCGACACCGCCAUGAAAAACGGCCUCCAACUCCAUGACAGAAUAUUCAUGAAACUUCCCAAUCUUGAAAGCCCUUCCCAGCUCUGUAACUACCAGCAAAUCCAAGUUCAGAUGCUCACUGACAUCAUCGUCGACGAAUCUUCCAUAACCAACAACAACAACAACUGCCACGUCAAUAAUGCUGGCAUUGGCACUGGCACUGGCACUGGCGAUCCCAUUCCUCCCAACUCGCCUUAUCAGUCCGAAACAGCAAGUUUCAAUGACUGGACAUCCCUUGAUCGGCUUGUCGCUUCACAGCUCAACGGACAAUCCGAGACGUCGAAGCAGCUUGCUUGUUUUAACGAUUCCACAAUGGCUCUAUGCUCUCCUUCCUAUCAUGAUUUCCAAUUACAGCACCAACUAAGAUCAAGCAGGCCUUUUCAUCAUCUUGGGACACAGGAUGAUAAUGGCGAAUUCGACCUCUGGAACUUCACAAGAUCAUCCUCAUCGUCUGCUGACCCACUAUGCCACGUGUCCAAUACUCCUGUAUGAUAGAAUUUGGUUCGUAAUAACAAAUAAUACUAUGCAUAAUCCCAUUUGUUUAUAGGAUUAUGUAUAGCAUUGUUCGUAUGUAAUAAAGUAAUUUUAUUAUUAUUAUUAUUGUUGUUAUUAUUAUUAUUGUUGUUAAUGAUAGCAAUUAUGCAAUAAUUAAUAUUCAUAAUGUUUAAUAAAUGAAUAAAUAUAAUUCUACGAGAAAGUGGCAUUGU